CCCUAGUCUACUCUGGAGAAUCCCAGUAUUUUAACCUGUCUCUCUUGAGUCCGACUCUUCCGUGUGCCGCGAGUGUCCCAAAUCCGGACACCAGCGUCACAUAUUUUUGACAGCUACACUUUACUCUCAAACGUCUUCCGAAAACUUCCGCGCUUCAACCUUUAUAUAAGGACGACCUCUGGGUUUCUUCGAGUCUGAUCAACUCGAACCUCCAUCGGUCGACUUUUCCUUUCUCUCUCUCUCUCAUUCUCAAAACCUUCAACAACAAAACUCCUAUACUCGCCCCUCUUGCCUCACUUUGGACCUCAGGACAAUCGCGAUGGCCUCUCGCUAUCCUCUUCGUAACCGCGUGCGUUCUGGCUCUGCGCCAGAGCCUAUCACCCCGGGCAGCGCUGCGGUACCAGGUGCGUAUCGCAUUUCUAAUGUCGUGACUGUUGACUCGUUGUCUUCAGCCUUGACUGCGUUGACCCUGGACUCGUCGUCUGAACGCACGUCUUCCGAAGUGGUACCUGGUCUGUUAUUCAGCCAGGUAGUCGCAUCGCGUACUCCCUCCCCUGAGCCUGUGGCUCGAGAGGCGACCCCCGAGUCUCGUCUUACCAACGAUGACUCGGCGAAGCAUUCUUCUCCGCCUCCUUUGGAUGGCACCAAAAGCGACACCUAUGGUGAUCGCUCAAGGGCCUCCGUCGUCGACCAAGAAGGUAGCGACGGAGCUCCUUGGAUUCCGGUUUCAUACCGACGUGAGCGAAGUAUGUCGCCACGUCAUGCUACUCAACGGGCGGUUCACACGGGUGAACGACAUGCCCAGGUCACGGAUACCCAACGUCAGGUAAUCCAAGCAGCUGAACAGUGCAUGACCUCUGCAGAACAAGACCUCGUUCAACGCCGAAUGAGUGUCGUCCGCGACGAUGGUAGGGCCCAUAGCCGUCCUCGCAGCCCUGACGUCUUUGAGGAAGGUUCCUCUAGACGUAAGGGUAAGACUGUUGACCCACAUGAGUGGGGUGCAGCUAGUAUACCAGCCACUGAGCUGGACUUAGAAGCUCAACAACGCGAGCUAGACAUGUACUCUGGUAGAACAGCUACAAUAUAUGAUAUUAUCCAGAAUGACCCUGAGUGUGACGAAGAGGCUCAAGCCGCUAUACUGGCCUAUUGGAACAGUUUGAAGGCUCAACGGGCUAAGACCCAUAGCCAGUCUAUUGAACCAUCUUCAAGCAUCUCUACUGUUCAUCAUAAGCAGAGGGAAGUCAAGUUUAUGCCAGACCCCACUUCAGACAAAACUGACGACAAGAAAUCUAUUCGUAAGGAUAAGGGUAAAGCUAGAGAGGUAUCUCCUCAGCCUAUCCGCACAGAAGUCAUCUAUGCUCCUGCAGAAAUUAUUGUCGAUGAAGUUAUGUCUUCCGUUGGUAAUGCUAAGAAAGAUUCUAAGCUAAAGGCCACCUCUCGCAAGGGAAAAGAGCCCGAACGUCCAUCCGCAGACCCCAGUGAUGCUUCGGUACCUGCUGGCCAAAUUGCACCAGCCAGCUAUCUAGGGCACGCAAUGGAUGAUGCAGCUAAUAGCUACUCGCGUCGCAGGCGACGAGCUUCAACGAGCUCAUCUUCAUCGUCAUCAACUGCCCCUUCGCUAAACGGCUCCAGUGGUGACGGUUCAUCUGGAUCUCCUCCGAGUUCAUCACCAGAGGACUCAGACGCCAGUUCAACCUCUAGCCCGUCGAAUGGUCGACGAGGAAGACAUCGUCGCCGGCGCCAUCACUCAACAAACCUUCGUCGAAAGUCCCGUCGAACAAAACGGCCAGCCUGGAAACCUGUUCCGCCUACACCAUAUGAUGGACGACCAGACCCUGAAGUUUUUCACCGAUUUGUCAGACAGUGUACUGAGUUAAUAAAUGGCUAUGACAUAGAGCGGGAAAUGAUACCUUCUACUAUUGCCAAUUAUCUAACUGGCCGAGCAUACGACUUCUAUGCAAAUACUGUUGCUGAGAAUCCUCGUCGUUGGACGAGACUGAGAGAUAUCUUCAUUGGUUUGUUCAACUAUUGUUUUCCCAUGGAUUUUCGUUUGCAGAUUCGAACGAAGCUAGAGAAGUUUCGCCAGUACGACCGAACUGUGCGUGAUUACGCACAUGGUCUUCGAAGUCUCCUACGGCUUGCGGGACAUUCUGUAGAUGAUCAGGAAUCAGUUAUGCGACUUUGGAAUGGAUUGAACAUAUCAAUCCAGGAAGUCUUGUGGGACCAUAAACUCUCACCUCUCGUUAGCUCAUGGGAUGAAGUUAUUCGUGAUGCUGAGUUCAUUGAGGCCUCACGACGCGUUAAGGAAAGCAUGCGACAACGCACUGAUGACCGUUCCAAUGGAGGCGGUCCCUCUGGACCCAACCGUCGAAAUGGCAAUGGCCAUGGCAGCAGUGGCGGAAAUGCACGAGAAACUGGACGCAACAGGCAUGACCGGCAUGAUAAUAAUGGCCGUUCACGUGGAAGCCAUCCAUCACAUCGUCCUCCACAUCCUGGUAACUUCGGCUCCAAUAGAGCUGGGCCAUCAAGCACUUUCCGUCGCCCUGCAAACAAUUUCAACCAGGCAGGUCCAUCUCGUCAACAAGGCGGGGCACCAUCACGGCCUCGUAUGACUGACCAAAAGAAAGCAGAACUGCAGGCGGCUGGAAAAUGCUAUAUUUGUGAAGAACCCGGCCAUAUGGCUCGUAACUGCCCAUCGUCGAAUCGCGUUCAGUCUGAUCGGAAAGGCAAAGCUCCCGGCAUGGCAUCCUUCAGCGUGGAACCCAGUUUUCACAAUACCGAUGAACUGAGGGGUCUCGCUGAGUCGACCGCGACCCUGGAUCACCUUGAGCUUCACAUGGCCGAGUUUGAACUUCUGAGCGAUGGCGGUAAUUCUAUACCAUCGCUUCAGACAGUUUCUGACUCAGAUAGUGAAGGAGCAGACUUACCAAAAUCUUCGAUUGGCACUCGUUCAAUGACCUUUAGUGACUGGGAGGUUGUUGAUGAUCAUGAUCCAGAACCUACUACCGAUAUCCUAGAUGAACUCGAGGUUGAUCAGCGUAACCGUGUUUACGACUGGUUAAUGAUGCGGCUUACCGGACAAGAUCCUGGACCUUGGGUUGAUAGGAAAGAACAUGGGUAUGAAUAUCCUGUCGAAGAGAUGUCAGCUAUUUCGGAAAAUCUCGAGGAAUACUAUACCUAUCUCUGGCCUCGUUUGGGUCUCCUCCCGCCAUCUCGAUUCUCAGAUUUACAUAUGCGGCACUCACGCCUAGGUGACGUCUAUGCACAACAUGCAGAAGAGAUCCUUCGCAAGAAUGGACCUUACUGCUGUGGACUCCUUGGAGCCGAUUUCGGGUCUGUUGUGAUGGGCACCUUCUGCGUGUAUCGCAUUAGUGAUGCUCACCAUGUUAUCAUGAAUGAAUAUGUCCUGGAGGACAUACUGAUAGAAUCCACUCUACUACAGGACCCAGAUUUUGAUCUCCCUCAUUGUUCCUUGGGUGAUGGAGCACCUUGGAGCGCGACCAACGAGCACCGUUUUCUGUAUCUGGAAACAGAGGGAGAUUGCAUUAGUAUUCAUGAUGCUUAUCUCGACAUCACUGUAGACUUGCCUCGGACAAUACUCCACAAUGAUCAUUUCGAUUUGUGGAAUGCCUAUGCAGUCUCAGCAUACCGGACACUCUUACUCAAUGAGUGUGUACCAUUCAAACUUGACGACCUCGAAGAUGAAUUCUCCUCUUGGUUUUCAGCACCGGAGAUUCUGCCAUCAGUAACAUUGCCUCAGUUCGCGUUAGAUGCUAUCGAACUAAAUGGUGUUAACACACCUUGUCAAUCUGGCCCUAAGCCAGAACCUAUCGCAGCAUUACAACGAAAUGCGGCCGCUCCACGAGAUUUUCGUCGAAUAAUUCCCGAAGCAGUUGUUAUUGUUGUUCACAUUGAUGGACACCCAGCGCGAGCAUUACUGGACUCCGGUUCCCUUGCGGAUUUCAUGUCUGCAAGAUUAGCUCACCAACUCAGCGUGAAAGCCUUUGAAUUGGAAAAACCGUUACCUGUGCAACUCGCCGUCCAGGGCUCUCGAACGAAGAUUAAUCUUGGCUGUAAAGCACAGUUUGCGUAUCAAACGAUUAGCGAGCAACGGUACUUUGAUAUUAUCAAUAUACUUAGCUAUGAUUUGAUCCUGGGUACGCCAUUCUUCUUUCAGCAUAGAGUGGUCAUCGGGAUGAAUCCGACCACCAUUGAAGUAGGCAGUCCUGUCGCGUUACCAAUCAAAGGUAAACGGACGCGCGUUGUUGAAUCGCGAGCCGCUGAGCUCGUUGAAACUAAACUGGAGAAGGCCAGACGAGUGCUUCGUGAAUAUGCUUCACCGAUUUGCCGAGAAGUGAGCGACGCACCUCUACCUCCAUUGCGAGCUGUUAACCACACCAUCCCACUGAAGGAUGUAAAUAAAAUCUAUUCCUGGCGUCCCAGUAAGUGCCCAGAUGCGCACCGCGCAAGCUGGUGUGAGAAACGCGAUGCAUACCUAAAGUCCGGGCGUUGGAAAAUGACCUCGGCACGCAACACAUCUCCAAUGAUGCUGCUGACGAAACCUGGUACUGGUGUUAAUGGAAUCCCACCACGACUGCGCGUAGUGGCAGACUUACGAGAACGCAAUGCCAAUACGACAAAGCUGACAUCGCCGCUCCCAGACAUGGAAAGCAUAUUACGACGUGUCUCGCGAAAACAAUACCGUUCACUGAUCGAUGGCAAGGAUGCGUAUGAACACAUUCGCGUUGUCCCAGAACAUGUCGAGCGAACAGCAAUGACUACUCCUGAUGGAAACAUGAAGAAUCUAUCAGGGCGACAGGCACGCUGGCUUGAGAAGAUCGCCGAAUAUGACUUCCGUGUCGUCUACGUCCCUGGCGUGGAUAAUGUUCUCGCAGAUGCGUUGUCUCGUAUGUAUUCAAAUGACUCACCUGGAACAGUACGAACGUCAUCAGAAUAUACACAACAUGACGAUAACGAGAACUUACCUGCUUUGAUUGAAGCACUGCCCAUAUCCCAGCCUGUCCUUGUAGGGAUUGAAGCGGCCGCUAUACAGCCUCGCAUGACACGUAGUCAGAUGCGUGCAGCUGUCGCAGCAGCUAACGCUGCUGAUGACAUUGAAGCAACGCCGACACUGGCACACACCUUGCCCCCAGAAUCCCGCACCCCUUCCAGGCCUGCGAGUAUUCCACUACCCAUGGGCGAAACUGGACGUGCGCGGCGUCAAACGCGUGCUGCUGUCGCAGCAGCCAAGACUGCUGAUGACGCUGCAAAGGCGUCGACCUUGGUCCCACCUCUAGUAACCCCUCUGGUCCACAUAACACCUCCAUCUCCACUGCCACUGCCUGGCCCUAGGCCAGUAGCAAACCAUAAGCGCGAACACGCACCUGCCACAUCACGACGACGCUCGCCGUCAUCACCACCAUCGUCCCAUAAUGGCAAAACCGUUAUAAGGGUUCGACGUGCUCGCGCGCCGGUUCUUCCAGCGGAGACAGGCAGACCAGAGACGGCGAAGGAGUUCGCCAAAAGGAUAAAGCGUGUCGUGCUUCACGGACCCCGUGAGCAACGACAGGAGGGCGGGAAUCCUACAGAGGAUCAACGACAGCUCGAAACUCAACAUUCCCAAAAGGGGAACUCACCAACAAUGGUCGAAAACGAGUCGUUCUCGACGAACGACAACCGCGAGGACUCCAACGGUGUUCUGGAGGGCGCGAGUACUGUGCCAGCACAUCAGGACUCCAGAAGUCGAUUUCUGGAACACAUUAGUGAGUCAACAGAAGGUGUUGACUUACUGAAUACCUUGAAGGGCCGGUAUGGCGAGGAUGCCUUCUUCAAGGCUAUCCUAGAAAACCCCAAGCAUUUCAAGAACUUCCGCCUUGAAGCUGGGUUGGUUGUAGUAAGAGAACAAGGGCGCGAUUUGCUCUGUAUACCUGACAUUCGUGUGAAUGAACGAAGUGCGCGUGAGAUCAUCAUUCUUCACGCUCAUUCGCUAUUGGCUCACCUCGGACCAUCUAAAACGCUCGGUCUUCUGCGUGAUCACGUCUGGUGGAAGACAAUGGUGCGAGACGUGCAGUCAUACUGCGAAACUUGCAUGACGUGCAAGCGGAGUAAACCUAAUAAUCAAAAGCCGUACGGCUUGCUCAAUUCAUUAUCGGUCCCACAUGUACCUUGGGAAAUCAUGGGAAUUGACUUUGUCGGACCUCUUCCUGAGUCCAAAGAUCGCAACGGAAGUUAUGAUUCCAUUACAGUGAUUAUUGAUUUACUCACAAGCAUGGUGCAUCUUGUGCCAAGUCGGAUCAACUAUACUGCAAAGCAAGUGGCUGAGUUAGUGUUUUCGGAAGUAUAUAAACACCACGGAAUGCCUAAGGCUAUUGUGAGUGACCGAGAUGUAAUAUUCACCAGUAUCUUCUGGUCGCAUUUGCACAAACUCAUGGGGACAGAAUUGCGAAUGUCCAGUGCAUACCACCCUGAGUCGGACGGCUCGACAGAAAGGGCCAAUCGGACUAUUACCCAGAUGUUGCGACAAUGUAUAGGUCCUUCGCAGAAGGAUUGGGUAUCAAAGCUACCGGCAAUUGAAUUUGCCAUCAACCUGGCACGUUCAGAUUCCACUGGAUACGCACCAUUUUUCCUGAAUACCGGUCGUAUGCCCCGAUCAAUGAUAUGGAAUAAUCCCGGAACUGAUGAGUACCCUGCGGUUCGAGCCUAUGCUCAGAAAAUUAAGUAUGCAGUGAUGUCAGCACAUGAUAGUAUUAUUGCGGCAAGAAUUAAACAGACCCGGGAUGCUAACCGAAGGAGGCGACCAGCCCCCUUUGAACAGAAUGACUUAGUAUAUGUCUCCACUAAGAAUAUGAGCUUACCCAAAGGAUUAGCUCGGAAGCUUAUUCCGAAAUUCAUAGGACCUUACAAAAUCCUCAAGGAUUUCCGUAACAACUCUUACAAACUGGAGCUACCUUCUCAUUUGAAGCAGAGGGGAAUACAUGAUGUAUUCCAUGCCUCACUGUUACGGAUACAUGAGCCUAAUGAUGACAGACUAUUUCCAGGUCGUCUUGACACUCAGGUAGCUGAAUUAGAGGUACAGGACGAGGAGUGGGCAAUUAGCCACAUCAAGUCACACACUGGAUCUGGCGAAAGUGCCAUUUUUGAAGUAGUAUGGAAAUCCGGUGACAUAACAUGGGUACCAUAUUCUACAGUAGCUGGCCUUGAGUGCCUAUCUGCCUAUCUAGAACUGGUAGGGAUUGAAAGAAUUUCCGAUCUAAAAGCAGGAUCAGGGCUUCCGCCCAAAGACAAUCCACAGGUUUUCGUUGGCCUGCUAGAAGUCUUGGCAGAGUGGCCCGCACCUAUAAGAAGGGUCGGUGAGUGCUUGCGACGGUGUCCGACUGCCCCACCACAGUCGUUCAUUAGUCCUUACGCACAUAUUCUCAUAACCACACUCACCUCAUCCUCACAUCUUUCCUACCUUUGCUCACCACACUCUUACACCAUGUCCGACGACCUUCGUAACGUCAACGCAUCUCGCCUCCCCGUAUCCGGAGACCUUGCUUUACGCGACCCUAGUGACAGCCACCACCCCUUUCGGUAUGCCGUCGACCAAGUCAUCCUUUACCUUAAAUACGACCGUGAUAUUCGCGCCGGCACCGCACUCAAGGGCAAUCGCCCCAAACCCGGUGGCUAUAGGGACUUCGCCGAAGCGUGGAACGUCGAUCCUACCUCCUCUUACGGCUUUUCCUACCUUGACCCCAUCUUCGGCACUCCCGUUAUCGUUCGCAACCCUGCGCCAUUCAGUUUACUCAUUCCGGCAGACCAUAACAAGAUCUCCGUCGAACGCGCCAAAACCGCGGACGAGUUAGCGUGGCUUCUCGCCAAACGUGCCAUCGAGGAGGAACGUCGUAACGAACGCGGCAAGAAGGCCCGUCUCGAAGGGAAGGGGUUAGCUCGGCUCUCCAAGGGCACCACUAGUACUCACCCCACGGCUCCUAAUACACCCCAGUUAGACAACCCCAUGCUCGACAACCUCGGUCUUCCUCCCAACGACAAUUUCAUCGAUGACCCUCUUCCUGGUAUGGACAUUUUUGAGGAUGCUCCCAUUGAUCCCGUUGAGCAUACCGAGGCUGACGUUGGAGCUGGAGCUGCGAAGGAUACGGACGGUGGCAAGAAGUAGAACGUCGUGGUCGACGUCCUAGGAGGGCGCGUGUAGCGAUGCGCGCUACUCCCUUAAUUGAAGGCACAGGCUUCGAGGUUAGGGUUGGGCGGUAGAUAUUCUUUUUCCUAUUA